CAUGUCUAUACCUCGCCCAACCAUCCUUAUAGCCUCAUAACCUAUACAUCCCACUUCACGGAGUCGGAAAAUGGGCGACAUUGUAGAAACACAGGCAAUGGAUGAUGUCGCUGUCUACGGACUUCAUAGUGGCACCGGAGAUGGUGCAGAUAUGGUAUUCGCAUUUAAUGGCUGCUUAAUUUCCGUCUCUAUAUUUCCUAGCAACGGAUCGUCUACAAAGGACACCCAAGGAAAGGAAGAUCGCCAUCUACAGGACCAUCUUAUUGAUCUCAUAGAGAAGGCUACUGUGUGCCAGGACGACGACGAGUAUGAGGAGCUUGUGGAUGAGGUCUUUGCCGUGAUUCUUGAUGCUGGAAGACCUCUUUUCUGUCAGUUGAUAUCUUCGCAAGAUGAACAGGCUCUAAGCAAAUCUCUACACCAUUACCUAUUUCCUCCUUUCUUCCACUUCCGUUUGGAGGCCCCUGCUCCUACUGGUAGUGUCUCUAUUAUACCCAUUAGCUCCAGCGAAACAAAUACCAUUCAUACAGUCGACCCUGCCUCUGACCAAGGUUUUCAAGAAGAGUUGGAGAUCUGCCAAGAUUUACCUCGCUAUGCACCUGAGGAAGUCUUUGCUACCGAGGUGUUUGAACGUGGUGCAAGGACUGUUACGGCUGCCGUCCAAAUACAAGGGCGAGACAUGCUCUGCAAGUCGAGUGGUGAGCCAGGAGGGCUUUAUGGCACCAGUAAAGGACGAGAGCUUGAAUGCCUUCAUAAGAUACGGGAAUCCUUUCUAACGGGAUCUAUACGUGUUCCUCAACUUCUCGGAUACGUUCAUCAUCAUGAUACGAAGCAUAUCUUGGGCUUUCUUCGACAGUGGGUGCCGGGGCGCAGACUUAGCGAUAUCAUCACCUCUGCUGCGUCGCGGAAUAAGGAGAAAUGGGCUUCCCAAAUCCGGCAAACCGUCGAGCUUCUUCACCAGCACGGACUGAUCUGGGGAGGCGGAAAACCUGACAGCAUCAUCAUCGACGAGCAAGACAAUACCUGGCUGAUUGAUUUUGGUGGCGGGUACACACGAGGAUGGAUUGACGAGGAUCUAGCUGAAACAAAAGAAGGAGAUGAGCAAGCCCUGAACAGGAUCAUGGAAUUGCUAAGCGGAGGUGAGGAGAUGUCUUCGUCUUCAUAGAGAAUCAAAGAUCCGAGGAGAUGCGAGGCUUACGUGGUGCGAAGGUUCGAUAGUGCAGAUCAACGGCAGUUCCUGGCAUCCAAACUGUUGGGACACAGCGGCCGCUAGGAUGGUAUCCACUUUGUAUCUUAUCGCAGGCCCUCCUCAGAGUCCGAAUGCAAGUUAGCGACGAAGUACUGGAGAUGCGCACAGGCAAUGUCUUCCAUUGUAAGAGAGAUAGCCCCAUCCGCAAGAAUCGCUUCCAGGAGUUGUCAAAACAGCAUCUUGAAGGUCACUUGGUUGGGCGUCAGCGGCUGAGAAUCUGUGCGCGCUGUCUUGAUGCGCGGGCACCGAACGGCUCGCUGACUUGCUUACAGCUCAGAAGCAGCAUGUCACCGAGUGAACCUCUUCUUUGCAACCUUGGCUGCCUCUCGGACCACCACGGGCCUUGACGAAUUCUUACUGCCCAAGACUACCAUCUGAAGUCGUACAAGACAUUCCCGGAAACCGCGG